CCGAACGCGCUGCAGGCCGCAUCGUACAGCGUGCUCGCCGGCGGCCGCGAUGCCGUCAUCGACGCCCACACCGGGUCAGGAAAGACACUCGCGCUGCUGCUGCCGGUCGUGAGCCAGCUCGACGCGGCGGUGCGCGAGCCGCAGGCGCUCAUCCUCUGCCCGUCGCGAGAGCUCGCGCACCAGGUGGCUCGCGUCGCCGCGUCGCUGCUGCAGGGCACCGGUCUCUCCGCUUGCGCGCUGGUCGGCGGCGCAAACGUCAACCGGCAGCUCGAGCGGCUUCGCAAGGCACAGCCA